ACGUCUGGCGGCUUCCUGACUCGGUUCUCCAGAAGGUUCCUUCAGAUCGGGACUUGUCCCGGCUGGCGUCCCGGCUGGGCUCUGAGUGGGAGUCGGUCCUGAUGGAUCUGGGUCUGUCUGCGGAGGAUUUGUUCCGCUGUCGCUCCGAUCACCAGCUCAGCGCUCACGGAGCCGCUCUGGCCGGUCUGGUUCGGUGGAGACGCUGUAACGGGCGGAGAGCCACGGUGCAGAGACUCCUGCAGAGCCUGCAGGCCGCCGACGUCCAUCCGUCCGUCCUGCAGGACGUCCUGACGUGACACUUUUUCUAUUUUCUAUCCUUUUUAUUCACGUUACGCUCACUUUGUUAACAACAAAAAUGUUGUUAACCCUUUGAAACCUGCAGCGAUCAUCACUUUUCUUUAGCUGUUUUCAAAAGAAUUUUAACCUUCGAACCCUGUUCGUUUUUAACA